AUAAAUGUAAUAUACUCAAUUUAUCUAACCUGUAUCUCUGUAUAAACUUCUGAAUUUUGUCUGCGCCCGUCAAUAUCAUUCAGAUCAAGAGCAGAGAAAAAAAUGUCCGCCGUCGAAUUAAACCCACGACCCGUCCGGGUUUCACCCUUCAUCAAGUUCUCAAGAUGGACGCUGCUGACGGCUGGAAUAAUGUACGGAUUGUUUUACCAAAAUCGUUUCACCAAAAAGGAAGCUGCCUUCCAGGAGGUUGAAAUGAAGCGCAAGGCUAUCAGAGAUAAGCAGUUGGCUGAGGAAAAGAAACGUCUAGCUGAAGCUGAAUUAAGGGAGCUGGAGAAAAUAAUGAAGUAAACGUAAUAUGGAACAAUUAUAGUCAAAUUUGUCAUUUACCAUAACAACAACUUCAACAACAACACCAGAUUAUUAUUUAAUGAUCUACAGUGAUUAUUUCGAGUUUUAAACACUCGUAUAAUUAUAAUUGUUAUUAUAAAUAUGUAAAGUUCACUCAAAAAUAUAUUAUAACCUGGUAAUUGUA